CCUAGUCUUCUUUCCGGCUGGGCUAAAGGCCUCGGGGAACCGCUCUGGACCGAGCGGAACGGUGCCAAGGGAGACUGCGGACCUCUCGACCCGCUGCAGACUUAGGAGAUGCCUGAGACAAGGAGACCAAUUUCUCAGGGCAAAAAGAAAAGGAGGUGACAGGCACUGAGACCACUGAAGGGAUCCCAUGGCUAGAAUCAGUUUUUCCUACCUCUGUCCAGCCUCCUGGUACUUCACUGUGCCCACAGUGAACCCAUUUCCCCGUCAGAGGGUGGCAUUCCUAGGACUCUUCUUCAUAUCCUGCCUCCUUUUACUUAUGUUAAUCAUGGACUUUCGACAUUGGGGUGCUUCACUGCCACGCGAUAGGCAAUAUGAAAGGUAUUUGGCUCGAGUAGGGGACCUUGAAGCAACUGACACUGAAGACCCAACUCUAAAUUACGGACUUGUUGUGGAUUGUGGCAGCAGUGGCUCCCGGAUUUUUGUUUAUUUCUGGCCAAGACAUAAUGGCAACCCCCAUGAUUUGCUGGACAUCAAACAGAUGAGAGACCGCAAUAGCCAACCAGUGGUUAAAAAAAUCAAGCCAGGAAUCUCUGCAAUGGCUGACACUCCAGAACAUGCCAGUGAUUACCUUCGUCCUCUGCUGAGCUUUGCUGCAGCUCAUGUGCCUGUGAAGAAGCACAAGGAGACCCCCCUUUACAUCCUGUGCACAGCAGGCAUGAGGCUUCUCCCUGAGAGAAAGCAGCUGGCUAUCUUGGCUGAUCUGGUGAGAGAUUUACCACUGGAGUUUGACUUCCUCUUUUCACAGUCUCAGGCAGAAGUGAUCUCUGGGAAGCAGGAAGGAGUUUAUGCAUGGAUUGGAAUCAACUUUGUUUUGGGAAGGUUCGACCAUGAGGAUGAAUCAGAUGGCGAGGCUCCCCAGGAAUUGGCAAUAGGGCGCAGAAGGACAGUAGGGAUAUUGGAUAUGGGAGGAGCCUCUCUCCAAAUUGCUUAUGAAGUCCCUACCUCAGCCUCUGUCCUUCCUCCAAAACAGGAAGAAGCAGCAAAGAUCCUGCUGGCUGAAUUCAACCUGGGCUGUGAUGUGCAACACACCGAACAUGUGUAUAGGGUUUAUGUCACGACCUUCCUGGGGUUUGGGGGCAACUUUGCCCGACAGCGCUAUGAAGACCUCGUGCUGAAUGAAACCCUUACCAAAAAUAGGUUGCUGGGCCAGAAGACAGGUCUGAGUCCGGACAAUCCAUUUCUGGAUCCCUGCCUGCCUGUGGGACUCACAGAUGUAGUGGAGAGGAACAGCCAGGUGCUGCAUAUCCGAGGAAGAGGAGACUGGGCUUCUUGCAGGACAAUGCUGAGCCCCCUGCUGGCUCGCUCCAACACCAGCCAGGCCUCGUUGAACGGCAUCUACCAGUCACCAAUUGACUUCAACAACAGCGAAUUCUACGGUUUCUCUGAGUUUUUUUACUGUACAGAGGAUGUGUUACGCAUUGGUGGCCGUUACCAUGGGCCGACGUUUGCCAAGGCUGCUCAGGAUUACUGUGGCAUGGCUUGGUCAGUCCUAACUCAGAGAUUCAAGAAUGGCCUCUUUUCAUCACAUGCAGAUGAGCAUCGGCUCAAGUAUCAGUGUUUUAAAUCAGCUUGGAUGUACCAAGUCCUUCAUGAAGGAUUCCACUUUCCCUAUGACUACCCACACCUUCAGACAGCCCAACUGGUAUAUGACCGAGAGGUUCAGUGGACACUGGGAGCCAUUCUGUAUAAAACACGAUUCUUACCCCUCAGGGAUCUACGGCAAGAAGGUGUCCGGCAGGCCCAUGGUAGCUGGUUCCGUCUCUCCUUUGUCUACAACCACUAUCUCUUCUUCGCCUGUAUCCUGGUGGUGCUACUGGCCAUCAUCCUGUACCUUCUGCGGCUACGCCGGAUUCACCACCGACAAACUAGAACCUCAGCUCCAUUGGACUUGCUGUGGAUCGAGGAGGUGGUGCCCAUGAUUGGGGUACAGGUAGGGCCGUGAGGCCGAAAAAAGCCUUGGGAAGCUCGAGUAUGCCAGGUUGCUGCCCGUUGACUUCCACCACUUUCUUGUACUGGCCUCAGAUGCUGCUUUGCCUGACCUUGGGAUAUUUGGCCUUGGAAUUUCUACCUUAAUAUCUACUUUAAUUCCUUCUCAGUAUCCAGGUCCUCUUCUCUAAGAGAAGCUGAUUUAGUCUGUGAAGAACUAAAUAAUGAGAGUUUGGUGCUAACAAAGAGGACCAACCCUAGUCCAACUGAAGCAUGCUUCUACUCCAUUAUCUGAGAGGUCUAGUGUAUUCCGGGCAUCUAGACUUUUCUCCCCUUGCUAAAGCAUGAAGUUUGGCAUUCGGCAAACUGGAAGUCUGGUUGAAACCAAAUUUGGAGCAUCUGAUACAAAGCUGAAGACAUUCCAGCAAGUGCAGCAGCCCCUUCUUUCUCUGUAGCAGAGAUAUAAUUUAUGUGGAGAUCCACACCCCUUCAUAGGGAUCCAAGAUAUUUGCAUUUCAGUGGAACAGAUAUGAACUUCUGAGCAACCAAAAUAACAUAGUUUCUUUGCUUACUUGACAAAGAAGCCGUCAUGAGUGUGGUCCGAGAUCCCUGACAUAGUAUUGCUGGUGUUAAUCAUGUGAUUUUACAAGGUUAGAACCCCUUCUAAAUGAAUGGUCAAUCAAAGAUUUUGACAGUAUCUUAUGUGAUACCUGGUGUGACCAGGAUAGAAAAUGUUUCUGUGACUAUAUGCCUCACUGGCUGUUUGGGCAUUAAUUUUUUCUUUUUGAGCCUUAAAUGUGCUUAUGGAAAAACUGAUGGGUUUGGAGAUCUGGAUUUGUUUGGUUUUAAGUCACCGUCUCUAGGCAUAUUUUUGUGAGCCCCUUUACAGAAAAACUCAAAAAGAAUUCUUUUAUUUCACUGCAGUCAAUAUGUAGUUUGGGAAGGGAGGUGUAUUUGGGUUGUUUUUAAAGAAGGAAAGAACAACAGUAUCAGGAGAAUGGGCAAAGGCAAUUAAAUCCAAUUUAAUUUAAAGGCAAUUAAAAUCCAAGCUUUUAUUCAUAUUUUUCUGAGAAAUAGAAAUUUUCCCAAUUUGACACUUGGAAUGUCUGAAAAAAAGCAAAUUCUAAACA